AUGACCCCAGAGGACGUGGAGAGGUAUGCUCGCGGCUUCCUCAUGUUCCUGUCCGGGACUACCAUCUUCGCCGACCGGGCGAACACCGUGCCUCUCUGUCUUCUCAGCACACUGGUGGACGUCCGGGACAUUCUGCACUAUGAUUGGGGCGGCGCCGCUCUGUCCACUCUCUACGGGUACAUGAGCUCGGCUUCUCGCGGCAGCGGCCAGCUACUCGGAGGCUACUGGCGGGCUUGGGAGUUGUGGGUUUACGCCUACUUCCCUAGGCUCGCUCCUGUGCCAGUUGCGGAGACUCCUCUGGCCGUCCCAUUUUCGAGUCGCUUCGACGGGAGAUGCACCCGGCGACCACGGGAGACAUUCGGCUUCUUCCGCCGAUACUUCGAUACCAUUACCCCUGCCGAGGUAUGUUUUACUUACAGUUCAUUUAAGCUUCGCUUUUCCACUGUAUAUUUCCAAAACAGUAGAUAACAAACUGUCUGUCAU